AGUCAAACCCCCGCCAGCAACAACCAUACUCAACACAGCCUCAGACACCGCGUUCUAAAGCACAAAAGUAACUCACGCAGUACUGUACUACCUACCUACACAAGAAAGUUAGACAUCUGGUAGUUAGCCAUUUCCAACAAUGGCCCCGGAUAACCCCUCCACCACCUCCUCCAAUCCCGCUGGUUCAAAGCCGGUAUCCGUCCUCUUCGUUUGUCUCGGAAACAUCUGCCGCUCCCCCAUGGCCGAAGCCAUCUUUCGCCACCAAAUAACCUCCACCGCAGCAGCAACAGCCCCCUCCGCGCCGAAAUUCUCCACAAUCGACUCCGCCGGCACGGGCGCAUACCACGUCAACUCCCAGCCCGAUCCGCGCACCAUGUCCACCCUCCGCGACCACGGUAUCACUAGCUACACGCAUGCCGCGCGCAAGAUCCGCCGGGACGAUUUCUUCGCGUUCGAUUACAUAUUGGCGAUGGACGGGGACAAUUUGGACGACUUGAUGCAUGAGAGGGGCAGGGCUGUGGGUAGGGGUAAAGGUGGCAAGGGAGGUAAGGGAGAUGGGGAUGGGGAUGGGGAUGGGCACGUUGCGCAGGUAAGGCUUAUGGGUGACUUUCUGCCGGAUGGGAGUGUUGUGGAGAAAGUGGGUGGCGGGGAGGAGGUGGGGGAUCCGUAUUAUGGCGGUAAAGAAGGGUUUGAGGUUGUUUACAGGCAGCUUGUGAGGCUUUCGGGGGGUUUUAUGAAGUUUCUUGAGAGGCAGGGAGAGGUGGAGAAUUGAUUGAUGGGGGCAGGGGGUUUCUAUUUCACUCUGGGGUGAGGUUGGGUUGGUACCUUUGGUUUUGAUGGUCAGGCGAGAAGUAUCGAGACAGGUGCUUGAUCAGCUACAACUGGGGUACUGCAUUGCUAUGAUUAGUCCCACGGCGGGUUAUGGAGUUCGUUUCGGCGUUUAUUUUUCCGUAGUUGGUGUUUUUUUUUUUUUUUUUUUUUUUUUUUUUUUUUUUUUUUUUCUCCUUCUUUCCCUAUUGCGCUGAUUGCAACUUCAUGUUUAUUUACCGACUAUCUAGAAAUACACAUUGAACAUUGCUUAGCCACUCCUAUACGAUAUACCUGGCAAUGUGGGGAUGGACAUACAAUUAUGUUUACCCAUCUGGGUUGACCGGACACCCCUUGCCCACUAGAUAGCAACGGCUGAAUGAGAUACGGCAGUAACCAAAUGCGGCUCAUGUGAUCUAUUUAUUCAGUAUAGGGACUUGUAGAUUCUAAACACAUAUAAUCAAUACAUGUUGAACGGAGCUAAG